CAGGCUGUUUCCCAAGGGGCUGGCAGCUUUUGCAAAAGAGAAGGCAGGAUGCAGAGAGUGAGGAGAGGAAGGGCAUAUUUGUGACCAAAUGGACCAAAACUGGAGCGAUCUAAUGCCAAUGUGUGGUUGACCAGAUCACAACUACAUGGGCUGCAGGAGCAAUUUUCAAGUGAUCAGAAGGAGUAAUCUAAUCAAGACCCACAGUUCUAAACAAACCCAGACUAGAUGUUUCCCUUUCAUUAAUGUAGCCAUAAUUUCAGUUACAGUUCAGGUUCAGCUGCUCUCAGAAGCUUCCAACAGCACGAAACAAGACAAUUAUAAUACCCAGUGCCUGAACCUGAAGUUUAAUAAUGAUCUGCAGCAGCAAUUUGUAUUUUCUUUAAAAGCUGCCAUGCAAUACUUCCUAUUUCCUUGUCCUGAUGCUCUCACUGUCUCUGCUAAUGAGCUUGUUUGUUCAGUUCCAACAGGCCUUUGGGCUUGCAUCUCCCACCACUGGCUAACCACCCAGUUUGCAGAUGCUCAAGCAAUGAGAAAGGCCAAGAUUCACUGACUCUAAGUUGCUGUCAUUUUUGAAAUUCAGUUCUACGGAAGAAAAGGGAAAUUGAUGCCCAAAGCAGGCCAUAGUACGUAUUCGAACUCCUGCAUUUGUUUUCUUAGCCGAUCAGAGACCUCGCUUUGCCGGGCGCCAGUUUCAAGUGACCACCCACUGCCCUGUCUGCCAAUCAAAGUGGAUGCUGCUGGUGGACCAGCCCCUUUUACUGUGGUAAAAAAGCAAGAUGUUGAAGCAGAGUGAGGCAAGAGCUGUCGCAGCUGCAAGGGUGGCUGUAGAAGAAUAAGAUCAUGAAAAAUCCCAUGUAUGAAAUAGCUUCCCUGCUCCUUGAAAAAUUUCUCUUCCUGGCCAAACUUCUUGGCAUGAGCUCCAGCGAAGAGGAGGAAGAAAAGAAAAAAGGCACCAAUUAUUAUGACACAGCCUAUUUCAAGCCAGGUGAUUUGCUGGAGGUACCCCGCACCCUUUUCGUUCACUUUGGCAUCUACCUGGGUGACAACCGGGUGGCUCACCUAAUGCCGGACAUCCUGCCAGCUCUCACUGUUGACAAGAAACAGAUCCAGAGAGUGGUGACCAAUAAGCGGCUCAUCUUGGGUGUCAUUGCCAAAAUGGCCAGGAUCCGGGUGGACACAGUGGAGGAUUUUGCCUAUGGAGGCUCUAUUUUGGUGAACCACAUGGAUAAACUGUUCAAGGACAGUGUCCUGUCUAACGAGGAGGUGGUGGCCAGGGCUGAAAAACUAGUGGGUGCCACAGACUACAGCUUGCUUUGGAACAACUGUGAGCAUUUUGUGACCUUCUGCAGAUAUGGCUCUGCAGUCAGCUUCCAGACUGACAAGUUCUGUGAAACAGUGAAGAUGAUUAUUCGGGACCAGAGGAGUGCUCUUGCUUCGGUGCUGCUGGGACUGAUUUAUAUACUCUACUCGGGCCUGGCCCCUUCCACGGCUCUUCCGACCAUCAUUAUUCCUUUCAUGUUGUGGAUGGCUGGUUAAUGGAGUUCCCAGAGCUGUACCUGGGAUGUAUAAUGUAUUUAUGAAAGCUCAAAUGCCUUCCCAGUAUUGUGUACACAGGAACAUGUGACUUGCAAUUGUGUCAUGAUUUAGAUGCAUGAUUGGCCUGAAUACGGAGAACAAACAGGAGCUUACUGUGUAAGCUGCAGGAUUUUGUGAAAAUCUUUGCAGAAAGUACACUCAACGAUGGAUGUGGGGGAUUUACUCCCAAGUGAGUGUGCAUUGAUGGCAAUCCUGAACUUAGUAAAUUCUGCUAAGAUUAACAGGGCUGCUUACCCAAGUAAAUAUGCACAGGGGUGGAGUGUGGGUGCAACAGGAGAAAAGGCAUUCCUUUUGGACAUAGGUGAGCGGUAGGGUUUGAGUCCUUAGCUCAGCUUCCUCCAGCCUAAUACCCUCCACACGUAAUGGACUACUACUCCCACCUUUCACCACCAGCUUGGCCACUUGAGUGGGCUGAUUGCAGAUAAUGGAAACGUGAAAAGAGCUAGGCUGGAUCAAAUCUGAGGCCUGUCGAGCCCAUCGUUCUGCUCAAACAGUGAUCAACCAUAUUCUGUUUUGCUCACAGCAGGACAUGAGUGCAACUGUACCCUCUGCCUCAUGUGUCCCAGCAAUUGAGAUACAGAGACAUGCCGCUUCUGAUACAGGAAGUAAACUCUGGCCCCUAUGAAUUUAUCUAAUCUCCUUUUAAAAUCACGCAACAUGGCAAAACAUCUCUACAUCUUGUGGCAGUGAGUUCCACAGUUUAAUUAUGCAGUGUUUGAAGACCUAUUUCCUCUAAUCUGGCCACUCUUAAUCUCCUGUGAUUCAGCCCCAGUGGAUGACCCUGAUUUCUAGUAUUAUUACACAUGGAGAAAAGUAUUUAUCCAUCAACUUCUUCCAUGCCAUGCAUACAUAACAUGUAUCUGCCUCAUGUCCCAAUCCCUUACUCUACUUUGUUUUGAAGCUACAGGUGCCAUAAACAUGGAGGUGUGCAGAUUUAUAUUUUUGGACCAGAACACACAGAAUUCCCCAAACAGCAUAGCUAACUACAGCGUUCUGGGAGUUACGAGUCCAAAACCCCAAAUCUGUACAUUUCUAGUUGUGUAGCCUGACACAUGUUAAGGACUGACAUGAAAGGCAAAGAAGGAAGCAAUACAUUAAUAAAUUAAAUUCCUUCCAGUUCUGCUUUGAAAGCUGAUGCAAUUUCUUAAAGAGAAUACAGUUUCCCAAGAAUUGUUAUUUUAAAGAGUGACUGUGUCUUUAUACAUCUUUUCAUUGUUCCACGUUUAAACCCUCCAAACUGGGCUCACUUCUGCUUCUUCGGGUUUCCUUGAAGAGAAAAAGCGAGUUCACCAAGAGUGUGUCUCCUUAAA